AUGAGUAGAAUAGUCAUUAUAUGUUUAGUGUUGGGAUUCAUUGGCACCGUAUGGGCUAAACAAAAGUCUUGCUCUGAAAACUGGGACUCAUGUGGUGGUGUGGCUAAGAAACAGUGUUGUAACCAUAACUCUUACAUAACCCCGCAUAACCCCGCUGUCGAGCGAUUGCAAUGUGUAAACACUGAUUUCGACGCGGACGACCAGGGUCAUUUCCUAGCCUGGAAAGGGGUUUGUCAGCGCGUUUGCCAACCUCUGUUGUCGGGAUGUGUGCUGGAUAGCGAUACUGAGAGCCCCGAUAUGUAUCGGUGUUGCCCUGACUCGGGACUCGUUUGCCAGGAAACUACUGAAACCAAAGGCACCGUGGAGUUCGUUAUACAACAGUACUUACAGCACCGCCCAAAUUCCUUAACACAGCACCACUUCCUGACUCUUAAAUCUGUGUUCAAACAUAUUUAUCACAAAACACACGGUCUGUACAACUGA